GACUUGAGCACAGGCUCUUCAGCCUGUUGAUGCUGCUUGCAGGGCCAGAGGACUUCAGGGGACAUCAGUUACUCACCCUGCUCUGGCCUUUGCUGCCAAGGAAAUUCCGUGGUUUGCAGCACAUGCUUCUGCAUAUGGGAUUGUUCCUUUGGUGUGCUUCUAACUCUUUGAGCUGCUCAGGGUGAUGAGGACAAUCGAUGAUAGAAUUGUUCAUGAGCUAAAUACUACGAUUCCAACAGCUUCCUUUGUGGGGAAAGUUGAUCCUGGCCAGACGUGUAAAGAGCUGUACGAAUCUUUGAUGGAUGCUCACACCAAGAGAGAAAGAAUCAUCAAAAACUGCAUCUCUCAGACUUCCGCUGUAGUGAAAACUCUUAAAGAAGAGAGGGAAAAGGCCCCUGAAGAUGCAGCAUUAUUAAAGCAACUCAGGAAAGAGCAGACAAAGUUGAAAUUGAUGCAGUCGGAGCUCAAUGUUGAAGAAGUGGUAAACGACAGAAGCUGGAAGGUAUUUAACGAGCGGUGCCGAAUUCACUACAAGCCUCCGAAGAGUCAAUGAUGAUGUGUGGUAUUUUCCAUCAAGGUGGUCCAUAACUGUGAGAGCCAAACUGGAAAGAGACCUUGGGUGAGCUGAACUGGGACCCUCCAGAACCAGUAGAACCCAGUCUUGUUAUGUUUUGGACCUACUUAGCUGAAUUCUCAAGCUUGAAAUGAUUCUCCUGUAAUUAAGAGAAAACAAUUCAUCUUUUGUACAAAAUAUGUGAACAAAUGAGUUUUAUAGUAUUAAAACAAUUUUCAAACGGAAUGCAAAACUGGCAUCUUUCUUGAACUUCCACAGCUUCAGUGAUCCCAGAGGGGAAGAAACAGUAAAACCCAUCCUGAGCAGGGAGGACAAGGCUCUCCCUGAGCUGGUGCCUGCUAAAAUAUCAAUGAAUGUGGUCUUUUUGUGGAAAUAAUCGGCUGAAGUCUGAAAGAAAAUAAAAAUUACAGACUGAUCCGCAAGUGUAGUAGGUUCAGUAUCUCUGAAAGUCAGAGGUAACCAGCCUUGUUCUGAACUACUCAACACGAGCAGCAGUGGCUCAGUUGUGUGUGGGUGCAGGUUUGCCAUUGCUCCUGCAGUGCUGACAGGCAGCAUCUGUUGCUUACUGCCCUUUGGUCUGUGUUACCAGGUUCUGGAGUUUACAUUUAUAUAGGGAAUGUGGCAUCGGUUAAAACCACUUUGGGUUGGAGCGAAAGAUGUGUCUCAUUUGGGAAUGACGCUGUCCAGGGACCCUUUUUUGUCCCUCCUUCUGAAUCUUUAAGGUUAGUUCUCAAGGUGAAUUGUGUUUGAGCUGAGGAAAUAGCUGUGCAUACCUGAUCCUGUUAAUCCUUUCCUUGGUGUUGUGUUUAGAAAGCUUUAAUGCAGCACCCCUGCAGUAACACAGCAUUUAAAGGCAGAUGAGUAGGAGGAAAGCUGAAUUGCUGCAAUUACACCUGUAUAUUUUACACUUUUUAUUUU